AUCUUCGAACUUUGCAUAUGUUAACUAAUUAACAUGACUAAUUUAAACUUAUUUGUAGAGAAUGGGAAAAAGAUAAUAGGUGUUGCAGCUAACUAUAAAUCUCUUUUAAAAAUACUGGACAAACCUAUGCCAAAAGUGCCCGAAAUAUUCAUCAAACCUACCACAUCUUACAUUACAGAAAAAGAGAACAUAGUGAUACCAAAAGGGUUUUCUGUUAAUGAGGAGGUAGAACUGGGAGUAAUUAUUGGAAAAAUAGCUAAGAAAGUGUCUGAAAAAGAAGCUUUGGACUACGUAGGAGGUUACUGUGUAGCAUUGGAUAUGACAGCUACUUGUAAAAUGAAAGAAGCUCGAAGUACAGGAGGGUCCUGGACUCUAGGCAAAGGCUUCGAUACUGCCACACCCGUCGGGUCGUUCAUAAAGAAAUCCGAUAUACCCGACCCACACAAAGUAACACUGUGGUGCUCCGUAAACGGUAAACAUCGUCAAGAUGGAUGUACCGACGAUUUGGCCUUCAGCAUUCCAGUUCUAAUCAGCUUUAUUUCCCAGUAUAUAACUUUGGAACCGAACGAUUUGAUUUUAACCGGUUCGCCACCCGAUAUGGGACCAGUUCAACAAGGAGAUAUUGUGCGGUGUGGGAUCAAAGAUAUUUCAGAGGUAGAGUUCAAGGUGGAAGCUGAGUAGGUUUAUUCUACUUCCAUGUCAGCAACAUGAAGUUCUCUUAAUUUUUCAAGAUAUUUCCGGUCCUUCUCGAUGUUAUACUCACUAUAAUAGUGAAAUACCAGCAGGGCUAUAGAGGUACCUAUUAUGCCGCCUCCCACUACAUCUAAAAAUACAAAAUCUCACGAAUUACAUAUAUGUAAUUUUUAUCAACAUUUAAUAUAUAGUUAGUUAUAUUUUUGUAAA